UAGCAUGUUUUCCACACACACAAAAACUUAACUAGAAAAAUUUGAGUUCCACCCUUUUCUUUAAGAGCCUCAUUCUACUUACUUGCUCAUAAUAACUAUCUUCAAAUGAAGCUUUCUUUUCUAGUUUCUCUUCUUCUUUUGUCCCUCUUUCUAUCCAAAGCUCAAGGGAUUCGCUUGGAGAAAGGAUCUUAUGCAGCUCCUCAAAAUAAACAUGAUGAAGAAAGAAAGUUGUUGAAAAGAAAUAAUAAUGGUGAUACUGAUGAGGAAACAGUUUUUUGCAAAGAUGAACAUUGCACAGGAAAGAUAAAGAAUAGGAAACUUUUUACAUCAUCAGCUUCUGCACUUCAUGCCAUUUCAAAGAAGGUGAAGACCAAAGGGAAUGAUAAAGUAAAGGAAUUUAAAGUAGUUAAGCAAGAAGAAGAGGAUGUUCAUGAAGACCUUAUGGACAUAACUGACAUGGAUUAUUCUCCAGCAAGGAGAAAGACUCCCAUACACAACUGACUCUUGGGAUCAACAACUACUAAAAUAGAUAGUUUUAAUUUUAGCAUAAAUAAAAUAUUGGCAGAUAUGUUAUUGGAGACAGCAUUACUGAAAUUUUGCAGUUUUUUUAGGCUUUCAAAAGA